AUGGCUCAAGUACAAGAACUCGUUGAAAAGAUUAUUAAUGAAAACAAGGUCGCUGUCUUCUCCAAGUCCUACUGUCCUUACUGCAAGCGCGCAAAGGACGUCUUGAAGAAGCUUGGUGUCGAGUUCUUUGUCAUUGAGCUUGAUGACGAAGCUAACGGUGCUGCCAUUCAAGACUAUCUUCAACAAAAGACUGGUCAAAGAACUGUUCCCAACAUUUUUAUCAACCAAAAGCACAUUGGCGGCUGUGAUGAUUUGCUCGCUGCCGAGCGUUCAGGUGCUCUUCAAAAGGCUUUGGCCUAA